GCUCAUACACCGAUUGCUGGUGCAAAGAAGCGGACUCUCCGGCCAGUUCGUGGUCAACAUGCACGGCCUCGGUCGGAAUCGCCAGCCAUCGACGAUCAAUACCAACUUGGAGAGUUACGACAACAAGCUCGUAUCAUCCACCCUGGUCAACUCGGUCGCCAACGAACCCAUCAGCCCGAUCUCUUCCGUCUUCUCCUCAUCUGCUCAAAACCCAUCUAGCUCCAACAACCCCUUCUCAUCGGCCCACCAUAGUUCCAACGUCGGCCUGGGCGUCAACGUCAACCACAUCCUCCACCCCGCCGGUUCUUCUUCCUCUUUAUACCAUAGCCACAAUCAUCAUUACAACUCUUCUCAUCCUUAUACCAACAACGCUUUACCACCGGGAUCUAGCGGAAGAGGGUUCAGAACAGGAACCUCUGCAGCCGGGUUGAACUCGGCUAUAUCUCUAGGAGGAGGUUCAACAAGAAACUUGCAUACGGGUUUACAUGGUGGGACAAACAAUAGUAUCAACAAUGACAGUCAUCCUAGUCAUCCGAGUUCGCCCUGGAGCGUGGUAACGUUGACCGUCUUGCCCGUUUUUAAUGGGACGCCGUUGUUGACCCCGAUCGAGGAUCUCAACGCCCUAGUAUCCGCCCAUAUCACCUCAUCCAUCGCCCGUUCUCCUCAAGCCUACCACUCCCUCCUCUCCUCCGACCUGCAAGAGAUCAUCUCUUCGGGCAUGUUGACCCUAAAAGCCAAACUAGACCCAGUGUUGGGCGAUCGGGAGGGGUUGAAGGGGAACCCGGCGAGGUUGGGUGGGAGGGUGGCGGAGGUCUGGGCGUUUUUCUUUGGGAUCGUGCCGUACAUGCAAGGAAUCUUCCUCCCCCUCUCCUUGUUAUCCACGCAAGACCCGAGUAAACGCAAUAUCCCUAGCUCGUAUUCGAACGCUGACCACCAACCGCACGACCUCGCCGUAGAGGCCGAACCGGAGAUAACGACCGAAGUCAGGAAACUCCUCCUUUCCGGGUUCCUCGUCCAUAUCUUGUUACCGAUCUUGCCGAGGUUGUUGGAUUCGUUGGAUGUGGCGAAGUAUGGACCUGAGACGGGGAAUGGAGGGUCAGGGGUUGAGAAUGGGAAGAACGGUCGGGCUUCCGCCCAAGGUCAGGUUCGACAAGGAGAGGUGGAAUCGACCAUUCUCAAUUCGCCUCGGUUGGACUCGAGUACAAGUGCAGAUUCGAAAUCGGCAUCGACUCCGUCUUACCCGGCCCCUCCGACGCAGGAUCAGUUGGGAAGGUUGCAACAUAUGGCACUUAUCAUCUCCACCCAGGCGAAACGCUCCUGCUUCUUCUCUUUCGAGGACAAUAAUAACAAUCAUGACAAUGACGAUCACCGGAAUAAGACCCGGGCGAGGACGAGGACUAGAUCGAGGACUGGAAGCCGGACGGGCAGUCGACAAGGACGCGCUCGGAGUCGGUCUGAGAGCGAAGAUGGGGCCGGUGGAGGAGGAGAUUCCGAUUACUCGGAAUGGCAAAGCAGCCUCCGACUGGAUCCGGACGAGAUCGACCGGGAUCGGGUGGAAGACCUCUUACGCGCCGUGGUCAGGCUGAAGAGCGGAGGGGUGGACCCGACUUUGGAUGCUCGUGAUGGGACUCAGGCCGACCAACGAAUGUUCGGGUUGAUGAGGAGUAGCAAUGUUGCCGGGUCUUCAGCUUCGAGUCCAGUUUCGAAUAUGGGAAUGGGUAUGGGAUUCGGGAUGGGGAUGGGGAACGUUCCUAGGCCGAGGAGACGAGGAUACUUUUCCGGGGUUGCCCUGAGGAGCGAGAACAAAGAGCCGACGAGAUACCCCAGUGGGUCUAGUCGAGCGCCUAGUCGAGCGACGAGCCGGAGUCGAGAUCGGGACCGAGGAGCGCGCUCGGCUGUCGAGUCUUCAGAGGACGAGGAAGAUUAUCGUAACGAUCCUGACGAGUCUGGGUCGAGCUUGCGGUCAAGAAGGUUGACGGACGAGUCCGGGUUAUCUAGACCGAGAUCCAGGAUGAAGAUGGCCAAUGUUGACGAGUGGGGAGCGUCGACUACGGUCAAAGCGAAGGAUAAUAGGGGAGAUACCGAUCAGACGCCGACGAUUACUGACUUGGGAAGACGGGUCGGUCGGAUGGAGCUAAAUACAGGGAAUGAAAUUGGUGGCGAGGAUACCGUCAAGCCUCGAGUUGUAUAACAUGCGAUCUAUACCCACGCUAUCGAAUGAGGACGACAUUGCGGUCUGUCUCGUCUCCGGGCCGUUCACAGUGUGAGCUGUAAACAAGGCAAAUGCCCAGCGC